UCAAAUCCGUAGCGAGGGGCAAACAGUUUCAACCCGGGUCCUUCGUGAAUUCCUGUGCUUUCACGAUGGCUGCAGGUGCUCCUCCAUCGCCGCGGUUUGAGUCAGACAAGGAAGAUGGUGAGGAUUCCAAGAGCCGCAAACUCGUCUUUGACGGAAUCGAUGCCGCUGCAAAGUGUGACGGCGUUGACGUUGACAAGCGGAUGCUCGAUGGGCGCAAGGCAAACCGUGGUUUCACCAUUUCGACCGGCACAAGCGCGGAUCCAGACUUCAGUUCCCUUCGCAACUCGAAGCGUGCACAGACGCUGCCAGCUGACUGCUCUCGACGUGGAGAUUUCGAAAUGAGCGAGGACAGUAAGAAACAGCUGGAAGAGAUGCAAAAGCACCUCUUGGCGCGGUACCGGCACGGAUCCGUUAGCGUCGUUUUCGAUGUGGUUCCGCAAGAAGUCUUGGAUGAAACCUUCAAGAACAAGGUGGUGGGCCACAGCCAUGGCCUGAUCACUGAAGGGCAGCAACACGGCGAUGAGCGCGAGCGCGUCGUCUAUGGAACAAUUCCGUUGGAUCCGCCUCCGCUGGUUGCCUGUCAGAAAGGAUGCAAGGGCUUCAAGGACACCUCACCAAAUCAGGAUAACUUUUCUGUGACCCACUUCAAGAGCGGGUACACAUUGGUGUGCACUUUUGAUGGCCACGGGCCAUUUGGCCAUAUUGUGUCAACGCGUACCGUUCAGACCGUGCCAUGGUUCAUGGUCAAUGAGUCCGGAUUUGACAAGGACACCAUUGACGAGGCAUGCAUCGAGAAGGCGCUGAUCAAUGCCUUUGAGAAGGCACAAAAAGAUGUGGUUGCCCACUCGUUGGAGAACGACUGGGAUGUACAAGCUAGUGGAAGCACUGCAGUGGCUGCACUCUUCAAGGGAAACAAGGUUUGGACAGCCAACGCUGGUGACUCUCGCUGUGCUAUUGGCUCAGAGGCAGACAAGAAGGUGAUUUUUGAGACCGAGGAUCACAAGCCUCAGAGCGAGAAGGAGAAGGCACGCAUUGAGUCGAUGGGCGGAGAAGUUCGUUCCCAAACUUACCCUGAUGGAUGGGUGAAUCAUCGCAUCUUUAUCAAGGGCAAGGACUAUCCCGGACUUUGUAUGGCCCGAACGUUGGGCGACCAGUCUGUGAAGGAUCAUGGGGUCGUUGCGACACCAGAGGUGGUGAAGACAGAAGUCGACCUUGGGAAGAAGGUCUUCUUCAUCAUUGCCAGCGACGGCGUUUGGGAAUUCUUGGACUCGCAGUUUGUAGUGAAGGCAGUCGCCAAGAAGAUCCAAUCUGAUGGGCCAGCAAAAACCUUGGAAAAGCUGCAACGCGAAGCCAAGAAGCGCUGGAAGGCCGAGGAAGGUGACUAUUGCGACGACAUUACUUCCGUUUUGGUGCAGCUGCGCUGAAUCGCCGAUCAAUGCCCAGUCCAUAGCAGACUAAUUGUAUGAUGUGAUGGCCUAAAAUUGAGGCAGAAAAUGGCAACCCUUGGAGCUCUUCAUUCCCGAUUGGGAAUUUUGACAAUUCGUUCAGCUCGAUGAUUUCUCAGUUUCACUUGGACUGAAGGAAGAGUAGGGGCCUGCACGCUUCCGGCCUCGCCUUCAAAGUGUAGCAAAAAA